UCCCCAGCAAGCUCUGCGCGUAGCGUGAGCUAUGGAGCCGCAGGUCGCAGAACUGAAGCAGAAGAUCGAGGACACGUUGUGCCCUUUUGGCUUCGAGGUUUACCCCUUCCAGUGACCCCUGUACUAAGCUGUGUGCUUGUACAAAGCUAAAUCAACUCAGCUUGAGCCCUUUGCCUGAUGCUUAAGAGCAGUCCACUCCCACCCCUUCCACUGAGUGGCCCACAGCAGUGCUGGAAGAGGUGGCAUGGUAUAAUGCACUCCUGCCUCCAGCCUUCCACCUAACCCUGCCAGGACCCACCCUGGCCUUCCUAGUACUCAGCACACCCGCCAUGUUUGACCAGGCCCUCAAACCGUUCCUGCAGAGCUGCCACCUCCAACGACUGACUGACCCUGUGGACCAAUGUGUGGCCUACCACUUGGGCCGAGUUAGAGAGAACCUCCCAGAGUUGCAAAUCGAAGUCAUCGCUGACUAUGAGGUACACCCCAAUCGGCGCCCCAAGAUUCUGGCCCAGACUGCAGCUCAUGUGGCAGGGGCUGCUUACUACUACCAACGAAAGGAUGUGGAGGCUGACCCCUGGGGGGACCAGCACAUAUCAGGUGUGUGUAUACACCCCCGAUAUGGGGGCUGGUUUGCCAUCAGAGGAGUGGUGCUCCUGCCAGGAAUACAGGUGCCAGAUCUGCAACCCACAAAGCCUCUGGACUGUGUACCUAAAAGAGCUGACCGAAUCACCUUGCUUGAAGGGUUUAAUUUCCACUGGCGUGACUGGACAUACCGGGAUGCUGUGACACCACAGGAGCGCUACUCAGAAGAGCAGAAGGCUUACUUUUCCACUCCACCUGCCCAACGUUUAGCCUUCUUGGGCUUGGCCCAGCCCUCAGAGGAUUCUAGCUCUAGGCCUGCUGAACUACCUUUUACAGUACUCAGACCCAAAAAACCCCAGAAUCCCAGCAGAGUCCAGGGCUGGCUCAGCUCCCGUGUCUCACCACCAGCAUCCCCUGGCCCUUGACAUCCUCCCUCCCCAGAUCCCUACUGAUAAGUGGUACUUGCUGGGACUUGUUUUGCUUUUCGGCAAGGCAAGGUUUAAUUUUAGGUAUAUUCUUAAUAGAAGAAUUACAGAGAUCUUCAAUGAAGAUAAGGCUCAGAAUUUAGUCAAAACAAAACACCCAGAAUUCCCACCUGGUUUGGAAUAUGGAUUAUUCCUGUGUAGCAUUUCUCUUGUUAUAAAGUCUUGGGGGCACCUGGAUGGCUCAGUAUGUUGAAUGUCUGCCCUCAGCUUAGGUCACAAUCCUGGGGUCCUAGAAUCAAGCCCCAUAUUUGGUUCCCUGCUCCUCAGGGAGACAGCUUCUCCCACUCUGACCCUCCCCACACAAUCUUAAAACCGGCUUUCUAAAGGGUUAUCAUUCACUAAUGGCAUCUGCCCCAUAGGCUUUUUGUAGAUAAUGAAUAAAUACAUGUAAAGCACUACUGAAACAAUGUCUGGCUUAUUCAAGAGGGGGGGGGGCGGGGUUGCGCCUGGGUGGCUCAAUGCGUUAAGCCUCUGCUUUCAGCUCAUGAUCCCAGGAUCUUGGGAUCGAGCCCAGUGUCAGGCUCUCUGCUCAGCGGGUAGCCUGCUUCACCCUCUGCCUACUGCUCUGCCUGUGAUUUCUGUAUCAAAUAAAAUCUUAAAAAAAAAAAAAAA